CAAACAACAAACAACAAACAACAGAAGCAGCUACCAGCUUAGCAGAUACAAAGAUGAGUGCCUACCCUCCUCCCCAAGGUUACCCGCCUCCAGAUCAGGGCUACCCCAAAGAAGCAUACCCGCCUCCAGAUCAGGGUUACCCCAAAGAAGCAUACCCGCCACCAGGAGGGUACCCUGCACAAGGAUACCCACCACCUCCACAGGGAGGAUACCCACAACAAGGGUACCCUCCUCCACAAUAUGCCCCUCAGUAUGCCGCGCCACCGCCUCCUCAACAAGAGCAGAAGAAGCAAGUUGGUUUCAUGGAAGGAUGUUUGGCUGCUCUUUGCUGUUGCUGCGUUAUGGAUGCCUGCUUCGACUUUUAACAUCAAUAGCAGACUAGCAGUAGUCCAAUACUGGUGUCUCCGAUAACUUGAUAGAAAAAGAAAGCGAGUGAGAGAGAGUUCUUGAUUAUAUGGGAAAUGUUUACUGCUUUUUGGGGUGCAUUUGUGGGUUGUGAUUUUACCAACAAGAGUAUCAACUAUCAAGUAUCUAAAGAGCUACUAUUUGACAUUGCUA